CCUAUGGCUAAUCGUCCCGGCCACCAGGCCCCAAGCGCGCUCGAUUACCUGGGUAGGUACCUAUCUCGCAAGGCACCCCGCUAACAAGGCAGCAGCUCCAGCGGGCCUCGCCCCCAUCCAACGGCAUUUUCAGGGAAAACCACCCCCGUCGUCGCUCCCGUCCCAAAAGUUCUUCCCCGUCACGUUCGCUGCGGUGACUUAGACCCGGGCGCAUCUAGAGUUUGUUUCCUCGACACUCGGCCCUGUCCACUACCGGCGCUCGUUGCGACGUCGCAUUGGAGACUGCAUUCUUUUCUUGCUCUGCCCUGCGAACCCGAAUUCUUGCGACUCAGCAUCCCCUCGCCCUGCGAGCAGCCCGCGCUUACCCAUCGAGCCUCCGUCAUUGCGACCGCCGCCACCAUGUCGCAGGAAGCUGUCGACCUCAAGAACAAAGGGAACAAGGAGUUCGCCGCCGGCGACUACCCUGGGGCCGUCACAUACUACUCCAAGGCCAUUGCGCUGAACGACAAGGAGCCCACCUUCUUCACGAACCGUGCCCAAGCAUACAUCAAGACCGAGGCCUACGGUUACGCCAUUGCCGACGCCGACAAGGCCCUCGAGUUGAACCCGAAGCUGGUCAAGGCCUACUAUCGCCGAGGUCUCGCCCGAACUGCCAUCCUCCGACCCAAGGAGGCCAUCGACGACUUCAAGGAGUGCGUCCGGUUAGAUCCCAGCAAUAAAGAUGCUAGGCUCAAGCUGGAGGAGUGCAAGAAGAUUGUGCGCCAGCUCGCCUUCUUCGCCGCCAUCGAGGUUGGCGACGAACCUUCGGCGGCUGAGGGUCUCGACCUUGACUCGAUGGUCGUCGAUGCCGACUACGAUGGCGUUCGGCUAGAGAAGGAGAUGACUCAAGAGUUCAUUGACGACAUGAUUGAGCGUUUCAAGACGGGCAAGAAGAUCCAUCGCAAGUACGUCUACCAGAUCAUCCUUGCCGUCAAGGACAUCGUGUACAAGGAGGCGACCAUGGUGGAAAUGGAGAUUCCAGACGACGUCAAGCUCACCGUUUGUGGUGAUACCCAUGGACAAUACUUUGAUCUCAUGGAGCUCUUCCGUCGCAACGGCUUGCCAGACGAUAAGCACUGGUACCUCUUCAACGGCGACUUCGUCGACCGGGGAUCCUGGUCGACCGAGAUCGCACUGCUUCUCUACGCCUACAAGUGGCUGCGGCCUCAAGGCUUCUUCCUGAACCGGGGCAACCACGAAACGGACGACAUGAAUCGAGUGUAUGGCUUCGAGGGAGAGUGUAAGGCCAAGUACAACGAGAGGUUGGUGAAAGAAUCCCCCAGAUCUCCUUUUAUUGAAAAAGAAACUGACUGGUGCAUGUGCAGGGUGUUCAAGCUGUUCUCGGAGAGUUUCUCUGCCCUGCCGCUGGCGACCCUUGUUGGCGAAAAGUACCUGGUUCUGCACGGCGGCUUGUUCUCCGACGACAACGUCACGCUCGACGACAUCCGUGAGCUGGAUCGACACAACCAGCGACAGCCCGGCCAAGCAGGCCUCAUGAUGGAGAUGCUGUGGACGGAUCCGCAGGAAGAGGACGGUCGCGGCCCGAGCAAGCGAGGCGUGGGCAUGCAGUUUGGCCCGGACAUCACCAAGCGGUUCUGCGAGAAGAACGGCCUCGAGGCGGUCAUUCGAAGCCACGAGGUACGCAUGGAUGGCUAUGAAGUGCAGCACGAUGGACGUUGUAUUACGGUCUUCUCGGCUCCCAGGUACUGCGACUCGACAGAGAACCGAGGUGCUUACAUCAAUAUCGGCCCCGACUACAAGCUCAGGUAUGAGCAGUUCGACGCCGUGCCGCACCCAGACAUCAAGCCCAUGGCUUAUGCCCAGAACUCGCUCAUGUCGUCUCUGAUGUAAGACUUGGGAAGCGACAGUGGAUUGGCCUCAAGAAUCGGCAUCGUCAACGCAUCGACCCGGCGUCCUGGAAUAUACGGCUUGGAUCGUGGGUUGGGGCGGGUAGAAAGUAACCAGCACAUAGAUACCCGGGUAGAUCAAGACUCCAGUAAAGU